AUGGGCAGGAAACGGGUGAGAGUGCCGAGGCUGUUGUGUUUUCGGACAUGUUUUGGAUCCAAACCAACCUCCAAGUACUGCAGCAAAGCUGUGCAGAAAACAGAGCUUUUGAGGAAUGGCAGGGGCAGGGGAGACGACUCCAGCGCUGACUCUGAAAGGGUGGAUAUCAAAGGUGGGGGUUCGGAGAAUGGAAACAAAAUAAUGGUGGUGGUUGAUUCAAGCCUUGAAGCAAAGGGAGCUCUUGAAUGGGCACUCACUCACGCUGUUCAGAGCCAGGAUAAUGUUGUUCUCCUUCAUCUUUCCAAGAUCUCCAAACAAUCUGGGCAUAACGGGAAGGUUGACCAAGGAGCUUAUGAGUUUCUGCAAUCCAUGAAAAAUAUAUGCCAAAUGAGAAGGCCUGGGGUGAAAGUGGAUGUAGCUUUGGUUGAAGGACAGGAAAAGGGUCCAAUAAUAGCAGAGGAAGCAAAGAGGCAAAGAGUGUCACUAUUGGUUAUAGGACAGAGAAAGCAAUCUUCUUUGUUAUGGUGCCUUCUCAAGAGAUGCGCAGGAAACAAAAAUGGCGGCGGAGUUGCUGAUUACUGCAUCCAAAAUGCUUCAUGUAUGACGAUUGCAGUGAGGAGGAAGAGCAGGAAGCUUGGAGGCUAUUUGAUUACAACUAAGCGUCAUAAAAAUUUCUGGCUUUUGGCUUAAUAUAAAUUGCAUCAGAUUUGGCUGUAAACUAUAAUUAAUUGUAAGAAGAAGAAAGAAAUGGGAUUUAUGCAAACGGGGGGGAAAAAUCUGGGAUAA